AUGGCACAAGCUUCAAACUCGAGUGAUUCAUAUGAUGAGCAAUGUCCCUUCGUCAACCAUAACUACAACUUUAGGCCCAACAACAACUUACCGGCAUACUAUCAUCCCGGGCUCCGUAACCAUGAGAAUUUCUCUUGGGCCAACAACUGGAAUGUUUUACAACUGACCCUGGAGUCGAGUAAACCAGCAAUGGAAAAGCCUUCCUCAUCACUUGAAGAGCUUUUUAAGACGUAUAUUGUGGACUCUAAGGCUCGUCUUGAUCAACAUGACAUACGUCUCAACAACAUUGAAACUCAUUGCACCAAUUUGGGGGGCAGUAUGAUGGCACUAGAAACACAAGUUGGUCAAUUGACUAAUGCUAUUAAAAGGCAAUCACAACGGUCCUUCCCGAGCAACACUAAGAAGAACCCAAAGGAGUGCAAGGCCAUCACUUUGAGGAGUGGCAAAGAGCUUGAAGGUCCUAGUGUUCAAAAAGCCAUGGUUGAUGAGGAUCCUACCAAGAGCAAUGACAACGGUAAGGAUAAGUCAAUGGAGGAAAACCUAAAGGCCAAGAAGGAAGCGCUGGUGGUUAGACCAGGUUCAAUCACUUUUCUGGAUAAUCCACCUCGUAUCACUCCCCCAUUGCCAUUCCCUCAACGGUUCCAGAAGAAGGCGCUUGACGAGCAAUUUGAGAAAUUUCUCAAUAUCUUCAAGAGGAUCCACAUCAACAUCCCCUUCGUGGACGCUCUCGAGCAAAUGCCAAACUAUGCCAAAUUUAUGAAGGUGGUUAUGUCCAAGAAGUGCAAACUCGAGGACUAUGAGACGGUGAAGCUUACGGAACAAUGUAGCGCUAUCAUAAAGAGACAACUACCGGAGAAAUUAAAGGAUCCGGGUAGUUUUACCAUCUCAUGCAUCAUUGGAGAACUUCACAUUGAGAAGGCCUCAUGUGAUCUUAGGGCUAGCAUCAAUCUCAUGCCCAUCUCUAUCUUCCAGAAACUCAACCUUGGAGAGAUCACGCCGACCACCAUCUCACUAUAA